CUCCCACCUCCCCGUCCUUGCCUGCCCACCCCCACCCCCCGAUGCCUACCAGACCUUUGCCUGGGCCGGGGCCCCCGCCGAACCAGCCUCGCCUCCCUGUCCGGCUGGGAUUCGGGGGCUGAGCUGUCUGGGGUCCCAGGGCCAAUGCAGUGCCGUCUCGUCCGGGGCCUGGCGGGAGCCCUCCUCACCCUUCUGUGCAUGGGGCUCCUCUCCCUACGGUACCACUCGAGCCUGUUCCCACAGAGCAUGCGGGAGACCCCCGGGCUGAGCCCGCCAAGCCCUCUGUCCCCUGAGCUGCGGCUGCACGAUGUCUUCAUUGCAGUCAAGACGACCCGAGCCUUCCACCGCUCCCGCCUGGAGCUGCUGCUCGACACGUGGGUCUCCAGGACCAGGGAACAGACGUUUGUCUUCACCGACAGCCCAGACGAAGGCCUCCAGGAGAGACUGGGAUCUCACCUUGUGGUCACCAACUGCUCUGCUGAGCACAGCCACCCCGCCCUGUCCUGCAAGAUGGCUGCUGAGUUUGACACCUUCUUGGCCCGUGGGCUGCGGUGGUUCUGCCACGUGGAUGACGACAACUACGUGAACCCAAGGGCACUGCUGAAGCUGCUAAAAGCCUUCCCACAGACUCACGACGUCUACGUAGGCCGGCCCAGCCUGAACCGGCCUAUCCGCGCUUCUGAGCCGAGACCCCACAACCGCACGAGGCUGGUACAGUUCUGGUUUGCCACCGGGGGUGCUGGCUUCUGCAUCAAUCGCAAACUGGCUUUGAAGAUGGCCCCGUGGGCCAGCGGCUCCCGCUUCGUGGAAACGUCUGCCCUCAUCCGAUUGCCUGACGACUGCACUGUGGGCUACAUCGUUGAGUGCAAGCUAGGCGGCCGCCUGCAGCCCAGCCCCCUCUUCCAUUCCCACCUGGAGACCCUGCAGCUGCUGGGGGCUGCCCAGCUCCCAGAGCAGGUCACCCUCAGCUACGGCAUCUUUGAGGGGAAGCUCAAUGUCAUUAAGCUACAAGGCCCCUUCUCCCCCGAGGAGGACCCUUCCAGGUUCCAUUCCCUCCAUUGUCUCCUCUACCCAGAUACUCCUUGGUGCCCACAGCUGAUGGCCAGAUGAACCCUGAACGGCUGGGCAAAGUUUGGGCUGAGGCUUCUGGCUGUCCUUGGCCUCCCCAGGCAGCCCUGGGGACUCAUGGCAAGUGCUCUUUGGUAGGGAGUCCCCGGCAGGGCCUCUGAGUGGUGGGUCAGCCCAGGAUUGGGUGGUGGCUGGCGGUGAAGGCGUCCUAGGCCCCUGGGAGGUCGGUUGGACAACCCAGAGGAGGGCCAGAGAGGCCCCAGGGGCUGGGCUUCUAUGGGCCUUGGGUGGCUGAAUUGAACAAACAUGGAGGGCCCUUGAACUGGGUUGGGGCUCAGGGGUCCUAACCCUCCAGAGAAUUACAUGGGCCCUUGGGUGGGGUCUGGCCUCCACCCCCAGCUCUGGUCUCUGUCAUUCCCCUGGGGUCAAGCACUGGGCCACCCACUCCUGGCUCCCUUGGCUGGAUCCCCAACCCCUGAGGGGACCCAGGUGGAAUAAGGGCAGAGCCCGGGGUCUGUGGCAGGGGCUGUCAUUGCUGACCAGUGUCCAGCUCCUUGCUCCGACCCCUUGCUAACAGAUCCCAUUUUGCUUGGAGUAUCGGCGUGCCCAGACCCUGAUGGUGGAUCGUGAUGGAUCCCAGCCCAUGGUGACGAUCCUUUUGCUCACUUUCCCAGCCUCCCUUGCUCAGUCUGUUAGUGCGAAUUAAACAAAGCCAAUAGAGAGGCUUCUGGGGAAGACUUUGCAGUCCCGUACCCCAUACCUUUAUGCUGCGAAUGUGGAUGUGAUGUCUGGAUCUGGGGCAGUUGUCUUGUUAUCAUGAAGGAAAGGCCAUGACAGUCAGGCACACCUGUCCCUUUUGGCAUCUGGUUCUGUGAGAAAAUUAAACCCUUACUUGGUUCAACCUC